UUCUGUCAAAUGUCACCGUAUCGGCGUUAUCGUUUGUUGAACGUUUUCUAAAACGUUUAAAACCAAAUAAAAAGAUGGUAUAACGUUUAGAUUACAUAUAGACUUUAUCCUGUGAACAUAAAAUAGUGUAAUAAUGGCUGUGGGCACGACAAAAGUGGUGCAAGUCACGAAUAUCGCACCACAAGCAACCAAAGACCAAAUGCAUAUACUUUUUGGUUACUUGGGCAAGAUUGAAGAUAUAAGACUUUAUCCCACAAUUAGGGAUGUUUCCUGUCCGGUGCAGUCGCGUAUUUGCUACAUAAAAUUCGUGGACACAUCUACAGUUGGCAUUGCUCAACACAUGACAAACACUGUUUUUAUUGAUCGGGCUUUAAUUGUUAUACCAGUGCAAAAUGGGGAGAUUCCAGACGAAUAUUACGCUUUGGAAAUGACCAGGAAUGGAACCAUGGUGCCAGGUUUGAAUGUGAAUGAACCUAAAAUGCCUCCACAUCUUGUAAAUUCUGUACAAGGUUCAGGAUCUGACCAGGUUAUAGUGACCUUAGAUCCGCAGUUAGAAAUGAAUAAUUUACCCUUAUAUCCACCAUUACCAUCUAAUUACGACAGCAGUAGGAUUGAGGAAACACGCCGUACCAUCUUAGUUCAAAAUGUGAGCUCUGAUGUUACAAACAAUGAUUUAAUAAACUUCUUUAGCGCUGCAGGUGAAGUAAAGUACUUAAGAACCUGUGAAGAGACCCCAAAUGGGGCUUCACACAUGCUUGUUGAGUUCUCAGACCAACCCAGUGUUUUAAAUGCUCUUAAACUAAACAAUACUGACUUCAAAGGUACCCCCAUUGAUAUUCAGCAUGCUACUCAACCUAUAGUGAAACCACAAGCUAAAAGUAAUGAGGCAGCCCAACUAGAAAUUGAGGAAGCAAUGUCUCGAUUCAAAGAAGCCCAAAAUAUGAUAAAUGCUUCAAUAGAACCUGUCAUAGGAAUGCUUACAAAAGAUAAGCGCUCCAGAAGAUCUAGAUCCAGAUCUAGAGGGAGAAGGCGUAGAUCCAGAUCAAGAUCGCGAUCCAGAAGAUCCCGAUCAAGACGGUCUAGAAGAUCCACAUCUAGAUCCAGGCGCUCCCGCUCUAGAGAUAGACGCAGAAGAUCAAAAUCUAGAUCCCGCAGAUCACCAUCUAGAUCCAGGCGAUCUAGAUCAAAGAGCUCUAGAGGAUCUAGACGCUCCAGAUCCAAGUCCAAACGCAGAAACAGAUCUAGAGCUAGAGAUUCAAGGCCUGGAUCUAAAAGUAGGGACUCCAGAGCUAGAUCUAAGGGUAGAGAGUCCAGGGCAAAAUCUAAAGAUAGAGAAUCAAGGGCAAAGUCUAAAGAUAGGGAAUCAAAAGCUAGAUCUAAAGAUAGGGAGUCAAAAGCUAGAUCUAAAGAUAGAGAGUCAAAAGCUAUAUCUAAAGAUAGGGAGUCCAGGGCUAGAUCUAAAGGUAGAGAGAGCAGAGCUAGGUCUAAGUCUAAGGAAAGAGAGUCAAAGGCUAGAUCUAAGGAUAGGGAAUCUAAAUCUAAAGAAGUUGAUUCUAAAUCUAGAGAAUCAAGGGCUAAGUCUGUGGAGCGUAAAAGAGAUAGAUCUAAGGGUAGGGAAUCCCGCGCUAAAUCCAGAGGUAAAUCCCGUGGGAGAUCCAGGGAUAAAGAUAUUAAAUCCAGAGACAAAUCCAGGGAUAGAAAGCGAUCAAGAGAUCGUAAAGAACGUAAAGAUAAGCGAGAUAAAGAAAAUGACGUGGAUAAAAAACGAUCCAGGUCUAGAAGCAAGAGUAAAAGGAGAUCCAGGUCUAGGGAUAGGAAAACUAAGGAUAGAAGAAGGUCUAGGUCCAGGGGCAAGAGGAGGACUCCGAGUCCAAAACCGAGUCGCAAACGCAGCAGGUCUAAAAGCAGGGAUCGUAAGAAAGAUAAAAAAGACAAAAGGGAUAGAUCAAGGUCAAAAUCUAGAUCUAAAGUACCUAGAAAUUAUGACGAGGAAGAAAAAGGUUUUGAUGAUAAAAUUAAGGACAAGGACGACGCUAUUCAAUCUGACAGAGACAUAGAGGAUAAAUCUGACAACAUGGAUAUUUCAAAUUCACCCUAAUUUCUUAAUACUUAUUUUUAUUUGAUGAUACUUACCUUUAUUAUGUAUAUUUGUGGACUAAUAUAAUAAUUCAAAUAAAAUGUAUUUUAAGAGU